AUGGCAGCUCAGGCCACUGAGAAGCUGGAACAGCUCGACCUGAACGGCCAGAACGGCGCCGCCAAAACGGACGCCGCGACAGCCGCUCCUGGCGAAGCAGAGGACGACUCUGACGAUGAUCAAGAAGAAGGCGACGCUGCCCCAGAUGCCGCAGCGACCGGAGCCGCCAAAAAGAAGAAGAAGCGCAAGCCCAAGAAGAAGAAGAAGGGCGGUGCCAAGGCCCAGAGCUCUCCGCCACGGGUGCCCGUGGCCGACCUGUUCCCGAACAACCAGUUCCCCGAGGGCGAGAUCGUCGAAUACAAGAACGAGAACGCCUACCGCACCACCAACGAGGAGAAACGAUACCUCGACCGCAUGAACAAUGAUUUCCUCCAGGAGUACCGCCAGGGUGCCGAGGUCCACCGCCAGGUUCGCCAGUACGCACAGAAGAAUAUCCGGCCCGGCCAGACCCUGACGGAGAUCGCGGAGGGUAUCGAGGACUCCGUGCGCGCCUUGACCGGCCAUCAGGGUCUGGAGGAGGGCGAUAACAUCAAGGGCGGCAUGGGUUUCCCCUGCGGUCUGAGCAUUAACCACUGCGCGGCGCACUAUACCCCGAACGCGGGCAACAAGAUGGUCCUGCAGCAAGGGGAUGUGAUGAAGGUGGAUUUCGGGGCGCAGCUGAACGGUCGCAUUGUCGACAGCGCGUUUACCAUGUCGUUUGAUCCGGUGUAUGAUCCGCUGCUGGCAGCCGUCAAGGAUGCUACCAACACCGGUAUUCGGGAAGCUGGAAUUGAUGUCCGCAUGAGCGAUAUUGGUGCGGCUAUCCAAGAGGCCAUGGAGAGCUACGAGGUCGAGUUGAAUGGCACCAUGUACCCGGUGAAGUGCAUUCGCAACCUCAACGGACAUAACAUCGACCAGCACGUUAUCCAUGGCGGCAAGAGUGUACCUAUUGUCAAGAGCAGUGACCAGACGAAGAUGGAGGAGGGCGAGGUCUUUGCCAUCGAGACGUUCGGUAGUACCGGCAAGGGCUACGUGCGGGAAGAUAUGGAAACCUCGCACUACGCUCGGACACCAGAUGCACCUAAUGUGCCUCUGCGCCUCUCAUCGGCCAAGAAUUUGCUGAGCGUGAUCAACAAGAACUUCGGCACCCUGCCCUUCUGUCGGCGGUACCUGGAUCGGCUGGGCCAGGACAAGUAUUUGCUGGGCCUGAACAACCUGGUCUCAGCGGGCAUUGUGCAGGACUAUCCGCCUCUCUGCGAUAUCAAGGGCUCCUACACCGCCCAAUUUGAACAUACUCUUGUGCUGCGGCCGAACGUAAAGGAGGUGAUCAGCCGCGGCGACGACUAUUAA